CAAAUCCCACCAUUUUCGCUCUUUCAAUGUUUAUGAAGUUGAUUAACAAAUUUCGACGAAUCUAUUUCUUUGAUCUUCUUAAUCUUUUUUGAUCGAAACGUUGUUUUCUGUUCGGCGCGCGAUGGAUAUCGAGAACUCUAAAGUGUCCUCAAAGACCAAUACAACGAUUACAAAGCAAAAGGCGACGCGUCAGAAGGAAUUCAAACAUGGAAAAGGUGGUGAAUGCGACACGUCGAGUACAUUAAAUGCAGACCUAAGAAGAAGGCCGAUUCUGAAACUGAAGAAGACGACUCAUCGACUGAAUCUUCUGGUGAUGAUAAAGACACCUUUGUCCAACAAAAGUCUGAUGAAUUUCCUGCCCUUUUCACCCGUACGUCGCCUGUAGCCUUUCACAAUGCAUUACAACAGUUAAACACAAUACAUCGUGCUGCCGUAGAGAUGGGAUUUGGGUAUAUCCUGGAUCUUAAGGUUAAGGAUCUUCCAGCCACAUUGGCAUAUUGGGUUAUUGAAAAAUUUGACUUUCGUAGUUGUGAGUUAGAAGUGAAGGAGAACUCACGUGUAAGGGUUACUGAAGAUGAUGUUUAUAGAGUAUUUGGUUUGCCGAAAGGUUCGCAAAAAAUAUCUCCGUUCAGGACUUCUUCCAACAAUGCAUUAAUGGAUGAGUGGGUGACCUAUUUUAAUGUUGUCAAAAAGGAUGACAUAAAAAUCUUACGUGUGUUGAGUAGGAUGUUGGAAGGAGUAGACGGUGGAAAAUGAUUCAGAAGAAAUUUCAUUAUAGCUAUGGCUUUCUCCCUGUUCCAGGACCGUUCAAAUGGAGUUGUGCAUCCAUAUAUUAUUGAAACACUUGAAGACAUGCUCACACUCGGAUAAUGGAAUUGGGGAGAGUAUGUUAUGAGAUGCCUAGUGGAUCAAAAAAUGAAAUGGCUAAAGAAUCAACAGACUGUCUUUGUGGGGCCUGUGUUGUUUCUAGUACUCUUCUAUGCUGAUAGGAUUGAAGUUAACAUGAAUAGGGACGAGAGGUUGUUUCCAAUUUUGAUCAAUUGGGACAGCGGCGCACUCCGAAAAAGGCAGCGCCUAGAGAGAGAUGAUAAGUUUUUUGGUGGAGGCUGGAUACGUGUGCCUAUACCACUUCCAGACAACUAUACAAUGAAAUUUCAACCAAUGCAAUAAGUGGAGGAUCCAGUGGAUAUAGUGUUGCAAAUCAAAAUGGUGAAGAAGGCAAAGAAAUCUCAGAGGGCGUGAAACAGUUGAAGUCGAUGUAUGCAAAAGCUUCAGUGACCGAACGUGAGAGUCAACUUUUCAAGAAAGCGAUGUUAUUAAUUUCAAGUAUUUAUGGGGUGAAGUUUGCAAUAGUCGAUGGUGUUCCUCAUAUUGCACAAACUGAUAUUAAUAUUGAAUCUUCAAUAUUAGUAAACAAAGAGGCAUUCCAGGUUGCCGGGACAAGUGGGACGUCUGACGGGUUUAGGGAAAUGGGAGAGGGUAUAUCUAUUGCUCAUUCGGUUGGAGUUGGCAACUUUCAAAAGGAUAUAGUGUCUGAUGAUUUGUAUCCCAUGGAUAUGGGCGAUGGUGGUGUUAGAUCUACAAAUAAUGAAAAGGCCAAUCAGUGCACUGAUGCUAUGGAUCGUGUCGACGAUAUGGUAGAUGUUCCUAAUGUCAUUGAUAUGGCCAAUCAGUGCACUGAUGCUAUGGAUCGUGUCGACGAUAUGGUAGAUGUUCCUAAUGUCAUUGAUAUGAAAAAUGAGAAGAAUGUUAUGGGCAAUGUUCCAGCAAAUGUUCAAGACAUCGAAGGCGCGCAUACGAAGGCCAACAUUACUGAUCAAAUUAUUGAAGAUGGAAAUUAUGUUGAAGACAACAAAGGAGUGAGGGGAAAGGAUAUGAAGAGAAAGGGCAAAGAUAAGGUUAGGUGCAAAGGAGUGGUUAUAGCUGAGGUGGAUAACGAAGAUCGUGAGAGAUCACCAGGAGUGAUAAAAUAUACUUAUGAUAGGAGAUCUAAGAAAGUAUAGUUCGAUGUGGUUGUAAAUUAAAUAUUUAACUACUAUGAUAGGUGUUGGGCGAACCACUAAGUACUUCAAAGAUACUACGUUUACCCAUAUGCCAAAUUGAUUUUGAUGUAGGUGCAUUUGAAUUAUGCUCAUAUUUUUGUAAAAAUUACUGCAUCAUAUUUUGAUGUAUGAAUGACAUGAUAUUUUGUUA